AGAGUGCGAUGUGGGUUAUCGGCAUGGCACAGCGGCCGACCCUCCUUAUUCCACAAGUCAUGUAUGAAUGACAACCAGUAGGCUACGGCGAAAGCAGAAAUUCCUAUUUCAAGUGUGACCCACAUAAUGACGAAGGAUGGAAGUGGUUGGGCUUAUUUGAACAUACAUUUUUAGAGUGCGCUACUACCAGUGCCUGUUUUACUGCGAAAACACACUGCUAAACCAGCGAGAAGAAAGGAAGGAGGGAGUGUCUAUUUCUCGGGUGGAUUAUUGCACUGGAGCUUCUCUCUCCAUCUCACAGCCUUCCCAGCAAAAACGCAGACGGAGAGAAUAUCUGGGAGAAAUCGGACAGCGUGAGGAUAGAAAAGACCCAGUGUGAGCCAGUAGUAAACUCCAGUGGAAGAGCCUCUGCCUGGGCUUUGCAGACCUUGCUUUACCCCCUAUCUUUCCACCUGGGUGGAUCUCCUGACAACACCACUUUCGUAGCUCUUCCCCAAGACACGGCUCUAUACCCUGGGGUGCUAACCCUGUCCACCUCCCUCUGGUUCCCUGGACCCACUUCACCCUCACCUCUCCCCCAGCAACCCUUCCCUUCCCUGGGCUGAGAUAGAGAUGUCUGUGCCCUCGGCCCAUGAGUUUCACUGGCAGAGCCUGGCACGGCUGUCCAGCGGACGUGUCUACCACUCCCUGGCGGAGGUGGGGGGGCAGAUGUACAUGCUGGGGGGCUGUGAUGCUGCAGGGAGGCCCUCCCCAGCCUUAGAACUCUACUCUCCAGAGGGGGACCGGUGGCUGAGCCUUCCCCCCAUGCCCACCCCUCGGGCAGGUACGGCCGUGGCGGUGCUGGGCAAGCAGAUCCUGGUGGUGGGCGGUGUAGGGGAUGACCAGCGCCCCCUGAAGGUGGUGGAGGUGUACAACACAGAGGAGGGGAGGUGGAGGAAGAGGAGCGCCCUCAGAGAAGCACUGAUGGGGGUGGCCAUCAUUGUGAAAGAUGGACGUGCGUUGGCUGUAGGGGGUAUGGGUGCAGACCUGCUCCCCCGUAGUAUACUGCAGCAGUAUGACAUGAGGAAGGACGUGUGGGCACUACUGCCCCCUAUGCCCACACCGCGGUAUGACGCUACCGCACACCUGCUGGGCAACAAGAUCUACGUGGCAGGUGGGCGUCAGUGUAAACGCACGUUGAAGGUCUUCGAGGUAUACGACUCAGAGACACGCUCCUGGACUACACUACCCAACAUGCCGUGUAAACGUUCGUACGGGGGCAUGUUCUGGGACAGUUCGGGGAGGCUGUGUCUGCUGGGGGGGCUGAGGAAGGGAGGAGGCCACCAGAGCUCCAAAUUCACCAAGAACGUCAACAUCUUUGAUACUAACCAGGGGUCAUGGCUGAAGUCAGAGGACACGGUGGCCAUGAAGACUAAGAGGGCUGACUUCGCCUCAGCUUUCCUCAGGGGCAGGAUGGUUGUAGCAGGAGGACUUGGUCACCAACCCUCAGUUCUCGACACGGUGGAAGCCUUCCACCCUCAGAAGAGGAAGUGGGAGAGACUGGUUCCUAUGGCAAUGCCACGAUGCUCCGCCUCCUCCAUCGUCAUCAGGGACCGCCUGCUGGUGGUUGGAGGAGUUAACCAGGUCCCUAGUUCAGCCCAUGAGAUCCUGUACGUAAAAGAGGAGGAGUGUCUGUAGGCUCAAGGACAUGCCCCUUACAUGAUGAUUGACAGCAGGAUGACAGCAAGAAGAUUCCUGGAACAUUCUAUUCAAGAUCAGUGGCUCCAGUGCUUUCAGAACAGCUGUUGGUCUUGGACAAGUGCAAUAUUUUCCAAAGAUCUACAGCAGAAUAGUAAGGAAGGGGAAGUCAUGCCACAAACACAGAUCAUUGCUCUCUGCUGGGUUGUCUAUACACACUCAAACAAACACAGAUUAGAUCCCACACACAGAAUCGAUCCCAAUAAUAAUCAUACUGACUCACAGCAUCCAAAUAUACUCUACACAGACGAGGAGCUGGCUUUCUCUGUAAAUAAGUUAUAUAUACGAGUUUUAGUAAUGAGAAGAUUCCUCUGCACUGUGUGUGUGAUAUCCCUUUAGGGCAAGGCUCUCCAACCCUGUUCCUGGAGAGCUACCGUCCUGUAGGUUCACACCAACCCUGUUCCUGGAGAGCUACCGUCCUGUAGGUUCACACCAACCUUGUUCCUGGAGAUCUCCCGUCCUAUAGGUUCACAACCUACAGGACGGUAGCUCUCCAGGAACAGGGUUGGUGUGAACCUACAGGACGUUAGCUCUCCAGGAACAGGGUUGGUGUGAACCUACAGGACGGUAGCUCUCCAGGAACAGGGUUGGUGUGAACCUACAGGACGGUAGCUCUCCAGGAACAGGGUUGGUGUUAACCUACAGGACGGUAGCUCUCCAGGAACAGGGUUGGUGUGAACCUACAGGACGUUAGCUCUCCAGGAACAGGGUUGGUGUUAACCUACAGGACGGUAGCUCUCCAGGAACAGGGUUGGUGUGAACCUACAGGACGGUAGCUCUCCAGGAACAGGGUUGGUGUGAACCUACAGGACGGUAGCUCUCCAGGAACAGGUUUGGUGUGAACCUACAGGACGGUAGCUCUCCAGGAACAGGGUUGGUGUUAACCUACAGGACGGUAGCUCUCCAGGAACAGGGUUGGUGUGAACCUACAGGACGGUAAGCUCUCCAGGAACAGGUUUGGUGUGAACCUACAGGACGGUAGCUCUCCAGGAACAGGGUUGGUGUGAACCUACAGGACGGUAGCUCUCCAGGAACAGGGUUGGUGUUAACCUACAGGACGGUAGCUCUCCAGGAACAGGGUUGGUGUUAACCUACAGGACGGUAGCUCUCCAGGAACAGGGUUGGUGUGAACCUACAGGACGGUAAGCUCUCCAGGAACAGGUUUGGUGUGAACCUACAGGACGGUAGCUCUCCAGGAACAGGGUUGGUGUUAACCUACAGGACGGUAGCUCUCCAGGAACAGGGUUGGUGUGAACCUACAGGACGGUAAGCUCUCCAGGAACAGGGUUGGUGUGAACCUACAGGACGGUAAGCUCUCCAGGAACAGGGUUGGUGUGAACCUACAGGACGGUAGCUCUCCAGGAACAGGGUUGGAGAACCCUGCUUUAGAAUUAUCUUAGAAAGCUUAGAAAGGUCUUCAAUAUUUUUUAACUUUUACAUAUAUUGUUGUAGACUUACUGAUUGCCUUGCAUUAAAUGUUUUCGACAGGAAAUAUAGAUGAUAUCUUAACAGUAAGUAAAGGCUAAAGUAAGGUAAAACAGUUUGUUUUGUUACUUAGAGUUCUGUAUAUAUAUAUGUUGUAUAGGAAAUGUGUGCAGUUUGUCAACAGUUUGCUGUUCAUACUGUAGAUGCAAAUGACCUCAUGUCAGUGUCCACCCAUUUCUAUGGCCUAAAGUACAGUCAACUCCUGACGUACAGUAUGCAGUUGCUUGGACUGGCAUGAAUACAAGCACUGUUUCCAGCUCCACUUAACUGGAGCAUGCAGACAUCCUGAGCCGAUCCAAAUCAUGUAUCUGAAAAACUACAUUGUACGGAAACUGAGUGCAAUUAUCCAAAGUUGAUUGUUCUGCACAUUUGAUAGUGUAGCCUUUGUAUUGGCUAUGGCAAUAUGAAUUCUAUUGGUGUGAUAUCAUACUUUCAUAUAUUAGUCAAUGAGUAUAUAGUGUAUAUAUCAAAUGGUGUAUAUUCAGUUGUGUUAUUCAAUCUUAUUUAAGUUUUGUUUGGGAGAAAGAGCUCUUUAACAUCCCAAUAUUAGAAAAUAUGUUAUACUCAUAGCUGCAAUAAUAAUCGUUGGUUCAUAUGUUAGGGUUUGUCAUUAGUGCACUGUGUAUUGGCAAUUGAUUGAUGUGAAAUAUCAUUCAUGAAUAGCUUCAUUCUCAGGAUGUGAUUUAAUAAGCACAAACUAGUAGAUGGAUACUUCUACAGUCAGUAUGGGUUCAAUGAGAUAUUCUUCUAACUUGUUUAGAAAAUAAAACAACAGAAGUUUUUUUAAAACAAUCCAUAGAGUGCAUCCAGUUCCUACCUGUAUCUAGUGUGCUUAUAUCUAUAUCAUUUUUGUUUAAUUGUAAUCAAUUCUCUGCAUCUGGUUUGUGUUGAAAAUGGCCUUGCAAUCUCACUAUUCACCACUAGAUGGCAAUUAAACAACAUAUAAACUAUAAAUUGUGGGAGAUUUAAAACGUUCUAAACAGGCUUACAAUCCUCACAGUGUUGGCACCAUAUACAUAGCCACCAUUUAUGGUGUACAUAUCCCCCCGACAGAGUUCUCGUGCAUUGUUUCACAUGAUAUGAUUGCAAAUGGGACUUUCAUUGAAAUUAACAUGCAACAAUGAGGUGUUUUCAGAGCGGGGCCAAGAAAAUAAAAAGGUCAUUUUCAUUUUAACAGAAGAAUGACCUAUGUUAAUGCAUUUCUUUAGUAAGAAGACAGCUACUGCUGAUAGAACAUGUUCUGUAAGUGCAGCCCACGUGUCUGAUGCUGUCAGGUCAUAAAGAGUAUGGCAUGUCAUUUGGCCAGACAGCAUCCGAUACAUGGGCUACACAUAGUAAGACAGGGGGUGCUGUUUUGCUCACUCGGAUUUUUGGAUACUGGAAUUAUUGUGGAUGAAUGUGAGAAGGUAGCCUACUUUUGAAGUGAUUUGUUUGACAAUCAGAUGAAAACCUCAUGAUUGUGUUCAUGGCACAUUAAGGGGGAGGGGGGGGGUCUGGGCUCAGGCUGGCCUUUGCCUGGGGCCCCUGGCAAUAGGUCAAAGCAUGUUAAAACAAAUGAUCCAGGUUCACACUAACUAUGCAAACACACGCUCAGUUUUGUACCUUCUCCCUCAAACUCAAUGACCCAGUGAAUUUAUAACUGUGCCCUGAAACACUUGUCUUUAGAAAAUACUCAUUCCUCACCAAGGUGAGAAAAAUAGGCAGGUUGACAUUUACUGGGAUGAGUCUUGUCCUGGAGGCAGAACUGAGCAAUUCCCGCUAGAUAGGCCAGCUGGAACAUCAAAUUGGCUAUAUUGUAAAAAUUCUAAAAAACUAAAAUGUGCUUUUUUUUCUUAAUUUAAGGCUAGGGUUAAGGUUAUGGUUAGGUUAAAAAUCAGAUUCUCUGACUUUGUGGCUGUGCCAGCUAGUAAACUUUCUGCAGAGCUGCCUCCUGAACAAGAUUCUUGAUGAAAAAUGCUAACCUGGGAAAAAUAGGUGAAACAUAAGCAUUACUCUUACAUUUUUAAGCCACUGAUUUACAAGCCCUGUUUGACACACCAUCGAUUCAAAAGCAAGAGUUCUAGAAUGUUGGAAUGAACCAUUGUAGAAUGUUGGAGUGAAAUGGAGUUUUAGAAUGUUGGAGUGAAAUGGAGUUUUAGAAUGUUGGAGUGAAAUUGAGUUUUAGAAUGUUGGAGUGAAAUGGAGUUUUAGAAUGUUGGAGUGAAAUUGAGUUUUAGAAUGUAUUGUGAACAGUUGGAAUAAACAUGUUAUAAGCAUCAA